UGGUUGUCAGCGGCUGUAAAACUCCGUAGAAGAAGACGAUAUCGAAUGUGGUUGUUAAGUGAAAGUGUCCUCCGCGUCGGACGCAGUUUAUCUCCCAGUUUGAAGCUGCUGUGUCGUGAAACUCGGUGUUUAGGAACAAUGUCUGACUCCAUCAAAAACGUCGCGAUAUUCGGCUCCACGGGAAUGACCGGGCAGGCGACGCUGCCGCAAGCGGUGGCUGCAGGAUACAAUGUGACGGUGAUGGUGAGGGACCCUGUUAGGCUGCCCGCUGACCACAAGGCAUCCAGAGUGGAGGUGGGAGACGUGCUUAAUAAAGAGGAUGUGAAGAGGACCAUGGAGGGCCAGGACGCUGUCAUCAUCAUCCUGGGCACCAGGAACGAUCUCAGCCCGACCACCGUGAUGUCUGAAGGCACCAAGAACAUCGUUGAAGCGAUGAAGGCUCGUGGGAUCCGCAAAGUGGUCGGCUGCAUGUCAGCCUUCCUGCUGUGGGAUCGCUCCAAAGUCCCCCCUCGCAUGAUUCCUGUGACAGAGGACCAUGACAGGAUGCACACAGUGCUGAAGACAUCGGGGCUGGACUACGUGGCCGUCAUGCCUCCUCACAUCGGUGACGACCUUCCUCUGACAGAGCGCUACACGGCGAUGGAGAACAUGCUUAAAGGAAGAGCCAUCUCUAAACACGACCUGGGACAUUAUUUCGUCAAGUGUCUGUCCACCUCAGAGUGGGACGGCAAGACGGUGGGAGUGUGGGGAGAGUAUAAAUCAUCCUGAACAACACACCGCUGAUGCCCUCUGUACAGCGAAGGGGUUUCAUUCCCUUCCUGUCACUGAUCGUCAUUCUUUAUUUCCACCAAAACACACUGAAGAGAAACUAUUUCUUCAUGCUGAGACACGCUUGCUGCUGUUACAUAUUUUUAUACUAGUUUCAAUUUUAUCAUCCGCUUCCACCAGAGUACAUUUUAAGCCAAACCUGUACUGCUGCUUUAGCUGUAGCUCUUUACAUUGCAUCACAUCAUUUCUGUCUUUUCACAUUAACAGUCUUUACAUUUGUAAUGUUUUGUUUCCCAUCAUUGAACAUUUCAUGCUGCCUGUUGCUGCUCUGGUUUACAGUAGGUCUGUUUUUUAGCUGCUUGAAGACUUUAUUGUACUGUAUUGUUGUGUUGAAAGAGCAAAAAAAAACAUGUGCGUGAGUAAAGCUGCGGGCUGCUUGUUGCUAGAAUUUGACUCACCGAAAGCCCCAAAUGGCAUCCUGACAGGAAGCAUUUUAGCUAAAGCAACUUACCAACCAAUACCUCAGCAAAUUAGCUUUUUUUUAAUAGCAAAUUUGUUAUCUAAAUCAUGAGUCUCACCUUUUACUUAAAUUGAGCUGUUAUUUAAAAAUCCCCUCUGUUGAAAGAAGAAUUUUUGAAUUAAACAAAAUAGAUUAGUUAUGUUUUCUCCUGUUGACUUCAUCACUCACCCAGGUAACGUUCUCGAAGUUACAUUCAAGCAUGUAACAGUGGCUUUUCACAGGAAAUGAAGGAAUGGGGUUUGUUCUUGUCCCCAGGUGUGAAUCUAUAUAUGGAUGGCAGUUUGAAGUGUGUUAGCGCAGACUUGUUAAAUAUACUAUAUAAUAAAGUCUUUAUUGCCACAUGG